AGAAGAAAAGAGGAGAGCACAGGAGAAGGACUAAAAUUAAAAAAGAAAAAAAAAAGAGUGGCCAGAAUCACGGGAGGAGAAAUCUGAAAAAGGGAGGAUGCUGCUGCAGCAGCCGAGCAUCCACACCUGACUUCUGAGGAGUUUGGGCUCGGACAUGACUGAGAUGCAGCAUCCUGGCGUUUGAGUCUGAAGCGUGUGUGUUGAUGUGUGUGUGAAGCCAUGGCGAGUGCUCAGCCAGGGGUCCACGCAUUGAAACUCCAGCCUCCCUCCGUCUCUCAAACACUGAGGAAUGGAAGCAACUUCAUCAAAUGGGAUGAGGAUCUGUCUACGGUCACUCCGGUCACUCUCUACGUGGACCCGCAUGGAUUUUACCUCUACUGGACUGACCAGAACAAGGACACAGAAUUGUUGGACCUGACCUUCGUAAAGGAUGUCAGAACGGGUAGAAGCACCAAAACCCCCAAGGAGGCCAAGCUGCGGGAGUUGCUUGAUGUGGGAAACCUUGUUGGUCGCCUGGAGAAUCGCAUGGUUACUGUGGUUACGGCCUCAGACCUGGUAAACGUCACCCAGCUGAACUUCAUCGCCUCACAGGAGGACGAAGCAAAGGUGUGGUGCGAGGACUUGUUUUCUUUGUCUUCCAACCUGCUGAGCCACAAUCUGAACAGAGACCAGAGUCUGCUAAAAGCGCACGUCAGGUUAACGCUGCAGCCAAACACAGAGGGGAGAAUUCCUGUCAAGAACAUCGUUCGGCUGUUUUCAUCAGACAGAAAGAGAGUGGAGAUCGCCCUGGAGAGCUGCAAACUGCCCUACGGACGGGGUGACGGUAUCAGACUGGAGGACUUCACUCUCGAGGUGUACCGGACCUUCUUGGACAGUCUGUGUCCUCGUCCCGAGCUCAGUAACAUCUUCAAACUGCAAGGAGGAGAUGGUGGGAAGAUAUCAGUCGAUCAGAUGACAGAGUUCAUCAAUAACAAGCAGAGAGACCCGAGGCUCAACGAGAUCCUCUACCCUCCUCUCCGUCCUGCCCAGACACACUCUCUGAUGGAGAGGUACCAGCAUGACCAGACACAGCUGAAGCAAGGCACGAUCUCUCUCCAGGCGUUCUCCUGUUAUCUGUCCAGCGACGAGAACGGAGUCAUUCCUCCGGAAAAGCUGGAUCAGUCUGAAGACAUGAGUUUCCCUCUGUGCAACUACUUCAUCAACUCGUCACAUAACACAUACCUGACAGCGGGCCAGCUGGCAGGGAGCUCCUCGGUGGAGAUGUACAGGCAGGUUCUGCUGGCGGGGUGUCGCUGCGUGGAACUGGACGUGUGGAAGGGACGGACUGCAGAGGAGGAGCCCGUCAUAACGCACGGCUUCACCAUGACGUCAGAGAUCCCGUUUAAGGAGGUGAUUGAGGCCAUUGCAGAGUGCGCCUUCAAGACCUCACCUUUUCCUGUCAUAUUGUCUUUUGAAAACCACGUAGACUCUUUGAAGCAGCAGGCUAAAAUGGCCGAGUACUGUCGAUCCAUUUUUGGAGAAGCUCUGCUGAUUGAUCCCUUGGACAAAUACUCCCUGGAGGCCGGUGUCCCACUUCCCAGUCCACAAGAACUGAUGGGCAAAAUACUCAUCAAGAACAAGAAGUCUCACAAACCCUCCAAUAGCACGGACUCCAAGAGACUGAUGGACCAACCUGCCAAUCAGAGUAAUGAACCGCUGUCUCCUAGCAACAACACGGGAGAGAUGGAGGCUGAGAGUGAGGAAGAUGAUGAUGAUGAAGAUGAUGAUGGUAAAAAGGGGUCGGCGGAGCGGGAGGCCGUGGCCACGGAGGAAAUGUCCACUCUGGUCAACUACGUCCAACCAACCAAGUUCAACUCCUUUGAAGCAUCAAAAAAGGCAGCCCGCUGUUACCACAUGUCGUCUUUUGUGGAGACCAAAGCUUUGGAGCACCUCACAAAGUCACCAGUGGAGUUUGUAGAAUAUAACAAAUCUCAGCUGAGUCGUAUCUACCCAAAAGGAACCAGGGUGGACUCGUCGAACUUCAUGCCUCAACUCUUCUGGAAUGCAGGAUGUCAGCUGGUGGCGCUAAACUACCAAACAAUCGAUCUGUCCAUGCAGCUCAACCUCUUCGUGUUUGAGUACAACGGUCGGAGCGGCUACAGACUCAAGCCAGAGUUCAUGAGGCGUCACGACAAACACUUUGAUCCUUUCGCAGAAAACACGGUGGACGGCAUCGUGGCCAACACAAUCUCUGUGAAGGUCAUUUCAGGCCAGUUUGUGACUGAGCGGCGGGUGGGCGUGUAUGUGGAAGUGGAUAUGUUUGGACUGCCUGCAGACACCAGGAGGAAAGCUCUGAAGACCAAAACUUCUCAGAACAACAACUCCGUCAACCCGGUGUGGGACGAAGAGCCGAUCGUCUUCAAGAAGGUCAUCCUUCCCACUCUCGCCUCCCUGAGGAUCGCAGCUUUUGAGGAAGGGGGAAAGUUUAUUGGUCAUCGGAUUAUUCCAGUGUCUGCCAUCAGACCAGGUUAUCGUUACAUUGGUCUGAGAAAUGAGAAGAAUCAGUCUCUGAUUCUUCCGGCCGUGUUUGUUUACAUUGAAGUCAAAGACUACGUCCCAGAUACGUUUGCAGAUGUGAUUGAAGCUCUGUCCAACCCGAUCCGAUACGUCAACCUCCUGGAGCAGAGGUCAAAACAGCUGGCGGCUCUGACUCUGGAGGACGGCGAGGAGGAGACUCCGGCCGAGGAUGAGACUGACAACGGUGCGGAGCGUAAAAACGACCUCAAACCAGCUCCAGUUGAAAACGGCCUCAGUCCCCCCGCCGGCCCAGCAGGCCACACCCCCGUCACCAUGACGCCCAAAGCCUCCGCAGCCAAUCAGCAAGCAGCAACCACUGAAGCAGCCAAGCCCGCAGCAAAGACCGAGGACCUGGUUUUAAGUAUUUUGAUAGACGUCCCAGCAUGCACCUUGGACAGUCUGCAGCAGUCCAAGGUGUACCAGAAGGAGCAGAGACGUCAAUUUAAGGAGCUGAAGGAGUUGGUGAGGAGGCAUCAGAAGAAAACGUCAGAGCUGCUCAGAGAGUUCAACAACAAGUACAAAAAGACGUCUAGACAGUGCAGCAAGAGCAGAGGUUCGAGUUCAGACGGUGAGAAAGACGGCCGUCUCCAGCAGCUGAGAGACGAGCAGCAGCAGCAGCUUCUAGCUCUGAGGCAGGAGCAGUACUACAGUCAGAAAUAUCUGCAGAGAGAGCACAUUAAAACGUUGACAGAGCGACUGGGUAAUUUGGCAGAGGAAAGUCACAACACGCAGAUGAAGAAACUCAAAGACAUCUGUGACAAGGAGAAAAAGGAGCUAAAGAGGCAAAUGGAUCGAAGGAGAACAGAGAAGAUCAACCAAGCCAAGACCAAAGAGAAACACCUGGCUGAAGAGGAGAAGAUCGAGAUCAAUAAGUCUUACGUCAAUGAAGUUGUUCAGAACAUAAAACGGCUGGAGGAGACUCAGACCAAGCGCCACGAUCAGCUGGUGGAGCAGCACACCGAGCUCCUGCAGGAGAUUCAGGACCAGAAACCAAAGCUGCAGGCGGCUGUGGAGGCGGAGUUUUCGGAGAAGUUCGAGCGCUUACCUGGAGAGAUUCACGACUUCCUGCAGGACAGGAAGUUGGAGGGUCGAAGUCACAGCAAGUCCCGGCCGACGACUCCACAUGAAGGUCUGUCGGAGGAGGACUGAGGAGAAAGAUGCACGGACGAUGGAGACGGGCGGCUGGAGAGGAAUCAGUGACUCUGUUGUGGACCGAUGAGAAGAGAGUAAGAAGUAUCCGGGAGGGAAUAAAUCACACAGAUGAUUAAGACUGUUACUCCUCUUUUUAAUGGAAGAAUGCUUUAACGGGGUAUUUUUAAUGCCAUCUUAGCAUGCACUUUGUUGUACUCCAACAUUUAAUCAGAAGUAAUUUUGCAACAUCCUGACAUCUCCCAAACAUCAGAUAACUAAAACUCAAAACUCAGUUUGUACUGCAUGACUGACUAUCUAUCUAUCUAUCUAUCUAUCUAUCUAUCUAUCUAUCUAUCUAUCUAUCUAUCUAUCUAUCUAUCUAUCUAUCUAUCUAUCUAUCUAUCUAUCUAUCUAUCUAUCUAUCUAUCUAUCUAUCUAUCUAUCUAUCUAUCUAUCUAUCUAUCUAUCUAUCUAUCUAUCUAUCUAUCUAUCCAUCCAUCUAUCCAUCCGUCUGUUGCUGACUGUGCUGAAAACAUGAAUCAUAUGUAAUCACCAUGGAAACCAUUGCCAGUACUAACAAUGACGGCAGCAUCCCCAGUUUCUCUGCUGUUUCUCAAGCGUCUUGAGCAGAACGACGUGUUGGCGUCCGAGCAGCUUUCCCUGAGCAGCUGGGUGUCGAUGUUUAGACUAAACCAGGAGAAGGAGGCUCCGCUUUCACCUGCUGUUGCUCUUAUUUUGCCACCCAUACGUCUGGCAAAGGCUGUCGGGUCAACUCCGAACCUUCUGGAAUCCAUCAUUGUACAAUGAGAAAGAUGAUUCACUCGGGGAAAAUAUUCAAGAUAGCUGCCAAUCUUGCCAGGAGUGGAUGUCCCAGAAGGUUUACUCCCAGGUCAGACAGUGCAAUGCUCAGAAAACACACACGCACACAAAAAGUUACACUUAAACAACGCAUAAAACUUCUGGAACGUUGUCCUUUAAAGGAGCAUGAGGCUCCUUUUAAGAAAUGAGACUCUCUAGCGCCACCCUUCACCACGACGGCCGUUGGGGGUACUGCAGCCAACAGUGAAGCCGGCACGGGAGAACGGGGAGAACGUGCAUGCAGCGUCAUGUGACGUCACAUCCGCAGGACAGCGCGGGAAAUUCGGUCCCACAAUUGCAGCACAUUUUGCAGCACACAGCCUGUUCAAGGCAAAGGAGAGAUACACUAGAGAUCUCAUUCUUUUUGGUUUGGAACGCUUCAUCUGACAUUAUUACUAGAAAACUUAAAACGUAUAUGAAUUUUUUUCAUAAAUCCUGCCUCAAUCCUGCCUCAUGCUCCUUUAAAGAGACGAAACCAACAUUUAGAUGCUUGGUCAGGAUGAAAAUGCCACAUUUUGGAAAAAAAAUCAAACAAAAAAAACGUACAUAUCAGCAUCUCGUACCAUCUACGUCCAAAAUAUCCUCACAAUACUUAGAAGAAGUGAAACUAAUUCUCAUGAAGAGGUAGCGAGCCCCCAGACCUGGUUAUCAACAGUUCAAACAGCAGUUACAGCAGCACAUCUACUUUCAUAUAUUUCAAGUACAAAAUUAUCCAGCCGUGUGUGUGAAGACAGAAGAGUUGUAUCAUUGUUUUAUUGGGGUUUUUUUGCUAUAACAGGUGAGAGUUUAAAGUAAACAACACUACUGUUUUAUUCCUACCAUUAAUGAGGAUGUGACGUACUUCAUGUGCAGCCUCUGACUGAGAGAUCCACAGGAAGUAAAGAGUACUUUGGACUGAACUGUAAACCACAUCCUAAAUUAUUCAUGUUUUUAUUGAGAGAUUUUAAUGACAGUUUCUGGUAAGCUGUGAAGGCUGACUGGUAACUCAAGACAUUUAUGGACUUCUGUGAUGAUCCAGAGGAGGAAGAAAGAGUUUUUUUUUUUUUUUUUUUCAUUUUUAUUCUUAUUGUUUUAAUUUCUAACUACGAGCAGCUCCUGCUGCACAGAUGAUCCAGCAGUCGGACGUCAGUUUGAUGGGAAGGACCUCAAAGUCUGCUGCCACUGCAUGAUUUAUUUAUUUUGAUGUUAAAUUUGUGUAAAGUCAACUUUUUGAAGAUGUAUUAUUAAUUUAUCAGUUGUUGUUUGGGUAUAAUUAUGGGGGGGAACAACAUAUUUUCAGGGUUUUACUUUAUUGUAAAAAUGUGAAAGGAGACUUGGAGCUUGUUCCUGUUUGUACAGUGAUCUUCCAGAAGCAUAUCUUCAUGUUUCGUUAUUCCUCUGGACUUAUCCAUCUGAAGCCGAAGCUGCAUUCAACAGUAUUUUUGCAGAGAAUCCUCUCUUCAAAUGUAAGCCAGGGUGGUCUGAUGUUCACUUUUUGGUCUGCUUUCUAAAAACAGCGACAGUGCACCUCACAGGCACUGCGUUGCCGUGGCUGCUAACCCUCCAUACUAACAUCAGAGCGCCUCGUUAUUCAAGAGCUUACCUAUUUAACAAAAAAAAAAGUUUGGUUGUGCAAAAUGGUUAAGAUUUUCUGGUGAAAAGCCUUGUUGAACGCAGCUUGACUGCAGUGAUGAUACCGAGCAUGCUUUAUUGUCCUGGAUUUCUCCCCCGGUUGAAAUGUUUAUUGUUUUACUGAAUGCUAUUU